AAUGUCGUGUUUUGCCCUGUGGUGCAGAGUGGUGGCAGAUAUGGGACGUGUACUCGGUGGUGACAAUGAGCUCUUUUUUUGCUUGGCCGUCCGUGUUUGGUUUAAGGAGUCGACAGGAGGAAACACGUUCAAAGAGCAGCUGAGGACGCACCUGGAAAUUACGUUAUAGAGUGGUAGUUUUCAUCCCCAGCUCCAGGGAUGUGCACGACACUUCCAUGAACUCCUUUGGUUUCGCCGAUCGAGGCCUCCCCCUGGCCUUGGCGUCCAUGACACAGGCUGCUGCCUCAGACCUGCGCUUCCAUCCAAGAUGGAGAGCAAUAAUUGUGACCACCCUGCUGGCUUUAGUGCUCAUGCUGUACCUGCACCGGACAGUAGGCAGCACAAACACACCACUCAAAGAAACUUUUCAAAUGCUCAGAGAGGGAGAGGAGGAUGUAACAUCACAAAGACUUGCUUGGCUUCUAAAGAGAGAAAAGCCUUACAAUGACACAUACCCGUUGAGUCCACCAGAGAGGACGGAGCGUGGCAUUCGCUAUCGUAUAGGAGUGAUUGCAGACCUGGACACGGCAUCCCGAAGUUCCAAGGGUCAGACGUGGUUCAGCUACAUGAAAAGAGGCUACGUGACUGUUUCAGAGAGCGCAGACAGACUGGAGGUGGAGUGGGAUGCAGACACAGUCAUCUUAGAGAGCAGUCUGGCUGAGAAAGGACGAGGUAUGGAGCUGUCGGAGCUGGUGGCCUUCAACGGUCACCUGUACAGUGUGGAUGAUCGGACCGGUGUAGUGUAUAGGAUUGAGGGAAGCAGAGCCGUUCCCUGGGUGAUACUACCUGAUGGUGAUGGCUCCGUGUCUAAAGGAUUCAAGGCGGAGUGGCUGGCAGUGAAGGAUGAGCAUCUGUUUGUUGGAGGUCUGGGGAAGGAGUGGACGACGACGUCUGGGGAGUUUGUCAACAACAACCCAGAGUGGGUGAAAGUGAUUGACCGCAAGGGCGGUGUGGCGCAUGAAAACUGGGUGCCUUAUUACAAUGCCCUGCGGAAAGCUGCAGGCAUCAAACCACCAGGUUACCUCAUUCAUGAAUCAGCAGCUUGGAGCGAGCGUCUCCAGGGGUGGUUCUUCCUACCUCGCCGUGCCAGCCACGAGCAGUACGACGAGAUGGCUGACGAGCGUCGAGCCACCAACCUCCUCCUGUCUUGCUCCGCAGACUUCAUACAUUUGUCCACGCAGCGCGUCGGACCAUUAAACCCCACCCACGGCUUCUCCUCAUUUAAAUUUGUCCCUGACACCGAUGACCAGGUCAUCCUGGCUUUGAAGUCAGAGGAGGAUGCAGGCCGGACCGCCACGUACAUCAUUGCUUUUACACUGGACGGACGGCUGCUGAUGCCUGAGACGAAGGUCGGAGAUGUGAAGUAUGAAGGGCUGGAGUUUAUUUGAAAGGGGCAGGGUGAAAGUUUCAUAUAGAUUCUUUAAUUAGUAAAGGAGAAGAAUUCGGUGGUCAAAUCCUUUCAGAUUAAUAUCAGGAUAACAACCAGUGUAACACGUUUUAUACUGAAAAGUCACAUCUGAACGGUGAACAGAAGAGCUGAGAACGCCUUAGAUCUGUCUCCAGUCAGCAAACACAGAGCAUUAUUUUUACAGUCAAACCUAGGUCAUAUCAGUGCUGCUAGACAUUUCUUUGUUAAUUUUGAGGGAUUAGCUUUUAGUCUACAACAAAAACGGCAAAGCAGUAAAAUACUUUUCAUGAAAUAAGUAAAAAAAAAUAUGCACCAAACAUUAUACCAAAAUAUCAAACUUUUAGACGGUUAUGAAGCCAUAUAAAAACAACAGGUAACAGGUGGUUACAGGACCAGUUUUCUAGUGUUUUUAUUCUUCACUACUGAUGAUGACGAGCACAUUAGCAUGGAGGAUAUAAUUUUAGUUUAAAAAAAAAUUAUUUAAUAGCUUAGUACCCUUUUCUUUAUAUCAGUGCACUUAUUUGUUUUCUUUUUAAAAUAUCUUCAGCUUUCAUUUAUGGAUGCAUUCUUAAAAUGAUUUUACCAAUAAGGUCCAUGCAGGGAGUUCAGAUGUAGAUAUUGAACUCCUGGCCAUAACAUAAACUAGACAAUAUUUGUUUCAGCCUCGUGAACAGACUUGUGAAGCCCUGAAAGACAAGUGAGAAAAAAAAACUAAAGUAUUUGUAAGUUAUUCUUUUUUUUUUCGGUUCUACCAAACAAGUGAGAAAAAAAGUUUUCAGAAGCUUAUUUUUUUGUUUGUUCUUGUAAUACUUGGCUCUGCCACUAGAAUAAAACCACCAGCCUUCACUAACAACUGUAUUAUUCAAAUGGAUAGUCAACGGGCUGGUUUCCAAGAACCAGUGUCCCCUCUUCUAAAUGAGAUUGUUGUAAAGUAAAAUAAAAUACAGUAUUAUCACAAACAGUGUAUUUGGUUGCCAUGCUGUGUUGUUAUCAUACCAAGAUUGUAUAAUCAUGUGAGAUAUAGAAUUAACUACAGCGUUGAUCAAGAAUAUAUGUUGGACAAAUGACCAUUGGCCCCCAGGACUGCUCUUUCUGGGAACCCAUGAACUGUAGCCUCUGAAUUUCUUUUUCUCACUUGCCUUUCAGGGCAUGUAGAUGCCUCCAAGUAGACUGGAGACAGAUUGGUAGAUACCUCUCCUGUUUCUCAGAAAGUGAAAUCGGCUAAUUGUUUUCAUGACACCCCCAUGUUUUGAGGAAUUCAGACUUAGAAGCUGUUUGUGUUAUUAUGUUGUCAGUCAACCUCACCAGAACAAUUAUUUCCAAUAUGCCUCUUCCAAUAUGUUUCCAGUUUUCUUUGAAGCCUUUUUUCAGUCAGAAGUUUAUAUAAUCAUCAUGGGCAGGAAUGUCAAACAUUUUGGGCUUUUAAUGCUGCAUUUGAACCGUAGAGUUAAUUUGUAUUGGUUGGUUUCCUGGCACUGGGAAAUAAAAUUUUUUACAUUCCA